AAAAACGAAUUUAUGUGAACGCAAUGCCUCGCGCCACUGCAUGCCCUUUGCUUUUCUGCUUGUUCUGGAUGUUGGCCUUGUGGCAGUGGGAGGCUGUCCGUAAGAAUGGCUUCAGUCCCUUUGUUCUCCACUUGUAUGAGCAGCGGCACCAUCCCAAAGACAGGCAGCCUUGUCGUCAGACGGCCCGCCGCAUCUCUAUCGCUUUUCUCUUAUGUUCAGAAGAUAUGCAAUUUAAAUCCACGGCGAUCUUUGUCAUCAUUUGCAAAGAAUACUACUGCCAAAGUAUCACGUACACAAAUGAAAAUGGAAGCUGGUAUAGAUGAUGAGGCCUGUGAAUUAGUCAAUGGAGUGGAGCUUUCCAUAGGGGAUGGUGUCAAUAGCAUUAAUGCUUCUCUCUUCAAAGCCGUGAAAAACAACAAUGGAACUGGGGUACUGCUCUUGUCUGAUGUCUUUGGAUUUGAAGAUUCGUCCACAAGAGACUUUGCAUAUCGUGUGGCCUGCAAUGGUUACAAUGUUCUUGUACCUGACCUCUUUCGUGGGGAUCCAUGGUCAAAGAAACAGCCAAAGGCUAUGUUUGAGCAAUGGUUAGCCAGACAAGACCCCAAGAGGGUUGCGGAAGACAUUGCUUCCUCAACAAAAUGGAUGCUAGAUGAAUUUGUAGCAGCUGGAAUCUCAAAGAAGCUUGGCAUCAUUGGGUUUUGCUUUGGAGGUGGCCGAGUGAUGGAUGUUUUAGCUCAAGAUCAAGGUGCUUAUUUUGGUGUUGGAGUCUCCUUCUAUGGCACAAGGAUGGACCUGUCUGUAGCUGCUCGCGUAAAAGUACCCAUGUUGUUCAUUUCAGGCGACAAGGAUCCACUUUGUCCAAUUAGUGUCCUAGAAGAUAUUGAGAGGAGGACUGGUCAGGGGUGCAAGGUGGUGAUUUUUGAGGGGAGAGGUCAUGGGUUUGCCCACAGGCCGGAAUCUGCUGAAGAAGACAGAGAUGCAGAACAGGCAUUCUCAGUCAUGAGAAACUGGCUAAAUGAUGGUUUGGUUGUAAAAAACUAAGUGGUUAUUAGUCAUUUUUUAUUUUUGUUUUUUGGAAUGUUUUUUUUUUUUUUAAAUUUUUUUGGGAGAGUUGAACAGGGAGGAGAAAGACCAAAUAGGCUGUGUUAAACAUUGAUCCCAGGCUUUCUCACUUCUCAUUGUGUACAUCGUCGCCUGCUUGGCACAUUUGAAAUUUUGUACAUAUGUUGUGAUUCUUGUGAUGGUUAAUGUUAUUCCCAGGCCUUCUCAGUUA